AGUGAAAUACAAUGACCGGACUGACUGGAUGAUGGCCCCACCAGUCAGCGAACGGGCCCGCGCUUCGGAGCGGCGCCUCCUUGAAACGAUCCGCUUGGCGCCUAAACAAAACCGUCGUAACAAACUCUUCUUCCCCUCUGCUCGUCUUCCUCGCAACGCCAAGAAACCAAGAAAGCCGAGGAGAAUCAAGCCACCCGCCUGCACCCCUCUCUGAGCGAAACUUCGAUCCGCAGCGGAGAGCGAUGGAGGUGUUCGAGGGCGUGGACUUCGUGCGGCUGCGGAGCAUGCAGCACGGCGGCGCGUACGUGCACGCCGCCAAGGACGGGCGCUCCGUCCGCCUCCACCGCACCGGCCUGUCCUGGUCGUACAACGCGGUGUGGGCAGUGCAGCUGCGUAUCUCCGCCUCAGGCACGCUCUACGUCCUCCUCCGCGGCGCCUACGGCCGGUACCUCGGGGCCCCCGACGCCAGCACGCGCGGCUCCCUCUGCCCGUUCCCUCCCCCCUGCCGGGUUGCCGCGCAGCGCGACUUCGACGAGCCGGAGGUCCUCGCCAUCAUGUGGCGGGCCGUCGCCACGGGCCGCCGCGGCCGGGGCGCAUUGCUGCUGCACGACGCGUCCGGGCGCUACCUCCGCGCCAACUCGAGGUGCCUCCUGCCGUGCCGCUCCAGCGUCUCCGUCUCCUCCUGCAGCAGCCUCGGCACGGCGGUUCAGUGGGUGGUGGAGGCCGUCCCCCGGCUCCAGGCCAGGCCAUACCUCCCGAUAGCGCGUGAUUCGGAGUGGGGCAAGCUCUUCGCCCUGGUGUGCCCACCGCUGUCCCGCCUCUGGGUGCGGUGGUUCUCCUUGGAGCGGGAGAUACGGUGGGUGCGGGCCGACGACUCCGGCGCCUUCAGCGAGGACGACUGGGCCUCGAUACGGUACACCGGGAGGCACACGAUCCUGAUGAAGGGACAGGUAGUGAACCUGCUGGACCCUCCGGAGUCCGCCUCCAGCUGCACUCUCUGCGUCCGCGCCGGUCGCUACGGGGAGCCGAGCCCUCUGGCCAUCAACCUGCCUCGCAGCCGGGAGCCGUUGGACGUGGUGAUUUUCCGGGUCGGCUCAAGAGCGGAUGAUGAGCUGAUAUACCCAGAUGUGAUGGCACCGGAGAUGGCACGGGCAGCGCCAGCGGACGACGACGAACCACUGCUCUGACGACCGACUGCGCCCUCUUCGAAACCAUCGCAACUUGUUCCAGAUUUUAUAGCUUGUUGGGAUUACAAGGGAUGAAUGAUCCCGUUUUCCUUUUUUUCUGAACUCCAACUUUUAGCAGUUUCAGUGUUUGAUCCAGGAUUGAAGUUUCCAGUCCACACUGAAAUCCAGUUUCCAUGAUGUAGAACGGCAGAAAUCAAAGUUUUGUCAGGGUUGACAUUGGCUACAGCAUCUUCUGAGCUAUGAACAAAGUAGUGGUUGCACUUUACAGCCUUCAGAAUGAUAUGGAUAUGAAUAUCUUCGUUUUUUGGUA